CUCGCCGCGGCCUGGUGCGCAUGUCCGGGUGUAGGGGCUAAGCUAUGGCGACAGGGUAUCGCGGCGGCUCCCAUACUCUCAGCAAGGAUGACGUGAACUACAGGAUGCAUUUCCGAAUGAUAAACGAGCAGCAGGUCGAGGACAUCACGAUAGAGUUCUUCUAUCGGCCGCACACCAUCACUCUGCUGACAUGCACCGUGCUCAGCUUGAUGUACUUCGCCUUCGCGAGAGAUGAUGGGAAUCCUGAUAAUAAUCUUUGGGUGGGCCUCAUUUUGGUCAUCUCUUUCUUCCUUGUCAUCAGUGUGCUGGCAUUUCCCAAUGGUCCGUUUACAAGACCACACCCAGCGAUAUGGAGGACAGUCUUCGGCCUGAGCGUCCUCUACUUCCUGUUCCUUGUUUUCAUCAUCUUCCUGAACUGGCGGCAGGUCAAACAGUUAAUGUACUGGCUGGAUCCGAACCUGCGCUACGCCAAAAGAGAGGCAGACAUAAUGGAGUAUGCGGUCAACUGCCAUGUCAUUACCUGGGAGAGGAUCCUCAGCCAUUUGGACAUCUUUGCCUUCAGUCACUUUUGGGGCUGGGGCAUGAAAGCUCUGCUCAUCCGAAGUUACGGCCUCUGCUGGACCAUCAGUAUUACCUGGGAGCUGACCGAGCUCUUCUUCAUGCAUCUCCUGCCUAACUUUGCCGAGUGCUGGUGGGACCAGGUGAUUCUGGACAUUCUGUUGUGUAACGGAGGAGGCAUCUGGCUGGGCAUGACGGUGUGCCGCUUUCUGGAGAUGAGGACCUACCACUGGGCCAGUAUUAAGGACAUCCACACCACCACAGGCAAGAUCAAGCGAGCCGCGCUACAGUUCACGCCAGCUAGCUGGACCUACGUGCGCUGGCUGGAUCCUAAGUCUUCCCUGCAGCGAGUGAUGGGUGUCUAUCUCUUCAUGAUCAUUUGGCAGCUAACAGAGUUGAACACCUUUUUCCUCAAGCACAUAUUCGUCUUUCCGGCAAGCCACGCCCUCAGCUGGUGUCGGAUCCUGUUCGUCGGUAUUAUCACAGCACCAACAGUCAGGCAGUAUUACGCGUACCUCACAGACACACAAUGUAAGAGAGUUGGGACCCAGUGUUGGGUGUUUGGGGCCAUAGCCUUUCUGGAGGCCUUGGCAUGCAUUAAAUUUGGACAGGACUUGUUCUCCAAAACGCAAGUCCUGUAUGUGAUCCUCUGGCUCCUGUGUUUGGCCUUCAUUACAUUCCUGUGUCUGUAUGGAAUGGUUUGGUGCGCAGAGACCUACGGGCCAAGAGAAAAGAGCUUCUCGGAAUGUGAGGACAGCAAUUCCUGUGCAGUAAGUCAUCAGCGGCUGCAUGCAAGGGAGAGGUCACCCACUUCGGCAAGGCUGACCGCCAUUCCUGCUAAUAUUCUGGUGGACACGUGGCGCUCGGCAAAGUACUUGGGCGAAGGCUGCGUCUUGUCCGUGCCCAGUCGUAGUAAUCAUAUCUGCCACAGCUGCCGCUCCAUCAGAGAUCCCGCGGACGACUGUAUUCCUGGAAGUGAACAGGCCCUCUGCGACAGCUUUCGCUGA